GCAGGUGCUUCAGACUGACGCACAUUGGCGGAUGUGACCGUGCCGUCCUCCUCCUCCAUCCAUCCAUGAGCUGCAGGAGUCAGGGCCCGUUAUACACAAGGAGCUCCCAUCAGCUUAUACCCUGUUAAAUAUAGCCAGCGACCUGGUUUCAGCACUGCAGGGACUCAACAGCUCCCGCAGAACUAAAGCCUUAGCGAUUACAGAGGAGAGGCGCUGAGAGCGCGCGGCAUCCAGCCAACACCAGCGCGCUCCACGAAACCAACCCAACGGCGCCUUUAUCUUCACAGAGGACAACAGAGAGAGAAAAAGAUAAAAAAAUAUAAAAAAAUCUCGAAAGUCACCGGCAGUUUGGACACCAGCUGAAGAAUGGCGUCACAACGCGUAGGGUUUGUGGUUAUCCUUGCUGUAAUAUCGCAGAUCAACGCGUUUCCCACACCUGCCGGACCCGACGAUAAAAGCAUGUAUAACCGUGAGCUGACUGAGGAGAAGCCAUUAGAACAGCAGAUUGCAGAAGCUGAUAGCAUCAGGAGGACAGAACCCAAGCCAACGCCACCAGCUGAGGCAGAGUCAGGCUCUGAGGAUGAUGAUAUCACUUUCCUUAAGUCUCUGGCUGAGAAGUCCAAAGAGUCAAACAAUGAGACUCCCAUCUCAGAUUCUGUGGAUGAGCGAUACGGUACUGAUGAGGCCGACAGUACCAAAAACAGAAGACUGGUUGAUGACUAUGACUCUACUAAGAAUGGGAUGGACUACAAAUACCAAGAUGAUCCUGAAAGUUUUCGGCAGCUGGAUGGGACCCCGCUAACAGCUCAUGACAUCGUCCAGAAAAUCGCCAACAAAAUCUACGAAGAGGAUGACCGGGGAGUGUUUGACAGAAUUGUGUCUAAACUGCUCAAGUUGGGUCUAAUCACAGACAGUCAGGCAGAGACGCUGGAGUAUGAGGUUGCUGAAGCCCUGCAGGAUCUGAUCACCAAAAAUGCCAAAGAUAACAUAAUUGGAGACCUCAGUAUGGAUUACCCUGUUAAUGCAGAAAAGGAUACACAGAACAGUAUGGAUGAGGAAGACAGGCCCGGUAGACGAUAUGAUGACGAGGAUAAAGGUGAUGAUGAUGAGGAUGGUGGUAAUGAUAAUAAUGGUGACGAAGAGCAGGAGGAGGAGAGCAGAGAUGAUAUAGUGAGGGCUGAAGACUCAUGGGACGCUGUGAACGAUGGGAACGACAGAAACGAACUGAAUCCAGAAGACGGACUGCAGGACCUUCAAUUCUUCCCCAACUUUUACAGACUCCUUAAGAGUCUCGACUCAGAGCAAGAUAAAGAGGAGAGAGAAACACUGAUCACCAUCAUGAAGACCUUGAUCGACUUUGUGAAGAUGAUGGUCAAAUAUGAAAGCAUCACACCUGAAGAAGGAGUGUCUUAUCUGGAAAAUCUGGAUGCAAUGAUUGCCCAGCAGACCAAGAACAAGCUGGGCAAGUCUCUGGUUCCUCUCAGCAUUACACCCCCUACAGGAAAGGUGUUGGAGGAUGAUGACAACACCAAAACAGAAGCUGCCAAAAUGCAGAAGGAGCAUGAGUCUCUGAAAGACUCGACCAAAGACAUCCAGAGUGCUGCUGAAAUCAGUCAUCCUGGGAAGUCUGAGAGUUAUCUGGAGGCAAUCAGAAAGAACAUUGAAUGGCUGAAAAAACACAACAAGGAAAGCAACAAAGAAGACUAUGACCUCUCUAAGCUGAGGGACUUCAUGGACCAGCAGGUGGACGCAUACAUCGACAAAGGCAUCCUUGAGAAGGAGGACGGUGACGUCAUCAAGAGAAUCUACGGAAGCCUGUAGGAACCACACGUCCAGCUUCACAUGUGACAGUUAGACUAUCUACUAAAUACUUGGACCGGGCAUACUAACACAGAUCCUAAUGCUUUAGCUCUUCAUAAAUAAGAUUUAGUCUGCAAAUCAGACAGUAUUCCUUGUGGAAUAAUUCCCUCCAGAAGGCAAUAUCUUCUCUGAGUGCAGUCAGCAAUAGAACACAAUCUAGUUCUAGAUAAGCCACAAAUCACAAGAGAAGUAAGUGUUCUUACACAUUAGGACAGAAUAACAUCACUGGCUACCUAGAAGAAUGAAAUUCAGUGGAUUUUCUGGUAUGACUAGAAAAUUUGCACCUGUCUUUUGCAAUAGACUUUUACAGCAUCAUAUGCAUAUAUCUGUAUGUAACAUUCAUUCACAUAUGGUGUAUAUCAUUUUGUCCUCUUUUGUGAUGAAGCAGAUAAACCUGUAUUAUUCUUUCUCAACCAACUAACCAAAAAAAAAAAAAAAAAAAA